UCCGCCGCGCCCUCCGCGCCCGACCCCGACGACGCGCUGCCCGGCGUAGACUUUGACCCGGACGUGUUCCCCGCGGACUGCGUGAGCUUCGCGGACAGCAUCCCGGGCGUGGCGCUGGACGACUGCCGGCCCGGCGCCAUGCUGGAGGUCAUCGUGGGCGAGGUGUACUCGCCCUCGCACUUCUGGUACCUGCGCCUCGGCCAGCGCUACAACCUGGCCAUGGAAGACAUGAUGGACGACAUGGCGCGGUAUUACAACGGCGAGGGCCGAGAGCGGCGGCUGGCGCGCGGCGCCGUCCGCGUCGGCCACUACUGCGCCGCGCUCUACGACAACGACUGGCACCGCGCGCUCAUCGUCAAGAUACUCGACAGCGAUACCGUCAAGGUGCGGCACGUGGACUACGGCACGGUGGACGCCGUGGGCUGGGCGUCGCUGCGGCCGCUGCGGCGCGAGUGGGCGCGGCUGGCGGCGCAGGCGGGCCGCGCGCGCCUGGCCGGCGUGCGGCCCUCCGCCGCGGGCCGCCGCUGGCCGCGCGCCGCCGCCGCGCACUUCCUGGACCUCGUGCGCGCGCGCCCGCUCGUCGCCAACAUCGUCGCCGUGGACCACGAGGAGGGCGUGAUCGAGACGCUGCUACUGGACACGUCGGGCGCGGAGGACCGCUGCCUGAGCGGCGAGCUGGUGCGCGCGGGACACGCGGACGCGCGCGGCGACUGCGCGCUGCUGGCGGCGGACUGCUACCUGUUCCCGAGGUUCGAGGCGCUGGAGAGCGGCGCCACGCCCAACUACGCCGAGAUCCACGCCUACCUGCGCGACGGCAUCGCGCUGGACUACGUGGCCGCCUACGCCGAGCACGUGCCCGCCUGGCCGCCCGCCGACGUGCCUGCGCGGGGCGCGCCGCCGCCGCCCUCGCCCCCGCCCCCGCCCCCGCCGCCGCCCUCUCGCAUCCCGCUGCUGUUGCCCGCUGCCGAUCCGCCAGUAGAAGAUCGUGGUUCGCCGGUGCCCCCACCGGACUCGCCUCUUUCUCCAAGCGCGACUCCGAACUCUACUAUUUCCCGGUCUGCAUCGAACCCGCGUCCAUCGAAUUCUCCUUGUCCUAUUUCGACGGAAAUGAGUCCGACUCCUCCGGUCUCUCAGCAGCAGACUCCACGCCCUGAGCCGGCGUGCGAUCAGUCCUCGCUACCUACUACGCAAUGGACGCGGUCGGAAACACAUUUGCCUGGACCUCCCCCGCCGCUACCCAACCAGUUUGGUAUGGUCACUUUAAGUCCAGCAGAGUGUUCGACGUACAGCGUACUGGCUUCAGUGGACCCGGCCGCGGCGCACUGGUACAUGGCGAGCAAGCUGGAUCAAGCAAGGCGUCCACCAAAUUAUCCCGGACCGCCUACUUAUGUCCCUCCCCGCGGUCCUCAGUGUUCUUGGGGCCCACCGGGUAUACGAGCUCCUCCCGGAUAUUUUGGUCCACCCUCUUUACCGAAUCCCCUCGUACAUAUGGGCCCGCCGUCUGUCCAAAGCCCUGUAGGUUUAUUUUGUCCGCCGGGCUUCUCAGGCCCGCCCGUUCAAUUCGUGCCACCCCGUUAUUAUGUUCCUUCCUCUCCAUUCGGGCCGCCGUCGGGAUUUAGCUCUUAGAUUACUUAUGAUAUUUGAAACAAAUGUCUAAAACACCAUCAGCUACCUCAAAUUACAUAAUGUAGAUCAUGAGUAUAAACAGAAGACAAAUAUAUUUUGUAAUUUCAUUAGCUGUAAGAAAAGUUGUUCAUUAGUUUUAAGGAUACUUUGGUCUGACCCUAAACUUAGCUGCAUUGUUUGCAUUUUGUUUUCUUGUUGUAAUUAUAAGAGUAAUAUUAUACAAAAAGUCUGUGUUAUUUAAAUAGAGACAAUAUACUAAAAGUAUAGGAAAAAAAACAUUGUUAGAUUCUGUGAUAUUAUUAAUGAAUCAAGAUAAGGAGACAUUUAAUAAAAAAACAUCGUUGACAUUCGACUUUAUUUUGUUUUCUUUUCUUUAUAUAUGGCGCCUUAUAGAAUUUAGUUUUACCGAAAUCUGUUAACCGGCUGUCUUUUUGCCAUAUUAUUGUUGAGUAUGUUCUUAGUUCGUGGAAGAAUCAAUUGUCAUUUAUAUUAUUUUGCAAACCUCCGUUUUGCCCAAUUACCAAAUUUACUUAUGGCUGUGAGGCUACGGCCAUAAGUAAAUAUUAAAGUAUUUUAAUUUGAUAUAUUUUAAGGAACCAAAAGUACAUCCUACUGAAUAUUAUUUGGCCUCAAUUAUUACAACCGGUUAUUUGGUGGCAUUUAAAAAAUAUAUGAAUAAAUAAAGUGACCACGAAAAAUUCGAGGAGCUCGUGGCUAAGCUAUAACCGCA